UUCUCGGCGCUUGACAGAGCCGCCUCCUGUCACCGGAGCCAUGGAGCUGCGCGCGGAGCUCCUCAAAUCCAUCUGGUACGCGUUCACCGCCCUGGACGUGGAGAAGAGCGGCAAGGUGUCCAAGUCGCAGCUCAAAGUGCUGUCCCACAACCUGUACACGGUGCUGCGCAUCCCCCACGACCCUGUGGCUCUGGAGGAGCAUUUUCGGGAUGACGACGACGGGCCCGUGUCCAGCCAGGGCUACAUGCCCUAUCUCAACAAGUACAUCCUGGAUAAGGUGGAGGAAGGUGCUUUCGUCAAAGAAACCUUUGACGAGCUCUGCUGGACCCUCACGGCCAAGAAGAACUACAAGCCUGACCGGAACGGGAACAGCGUCGUGUCCCACCAGGACGCCUUCAAGCUCUGGUGUCUCUUCAACUUCCUAUCCGAAGACAAAUACCCUCUGGUCAUGGUGCCGGACGAGGUGGAGUAUCUGCUGAAGAAGAUCUGCACGGCCAUGAACGUGGAGCUCGGCUCGUGCGAGCUGGACGACUGCGUGAGCCGGGAGGCGCCGGGCCAGGGCGGCCUCACCGUCUGGCAGUUCCUGGAYGUGGUGAACUCGGCGCGCUUCCUGCGGGGCAUCGAGCAGGAGGCCAUCAGCAUGGCCGUGGAGGAGGUCUACCAGGAGAUCAUCGAGGACGUGCUCAAGCAGGGCUACCUCUGGAAGAAGGGGCAGCUGAGGAGGACCUGGUCGGAGCGGUGGUUCACGCUGAAGCCCAGCGCCCUGUCCUACUACAUGAGCGAGGAGCGGAAGGAGAAGAAGGGCAGCAUCCCCUUGGACAAGCACUGCUGCGUGGAGGUGCUGCCUGACCGGGACGGGAAGAGGUGCAUGUUCUGCGUGAAGACGCCGUCCCGCACGUACGAGAUGAGCGCCUCCGACACCCGCCAGCGCCAGGAGUGGACGCUAGCCAUCCAGACGGCCAUCCGGCUGCAGGCCGAGGGCAAGAAGUCCCUGCACAAAGACCUGAAGCAGAAGCGGCGAGAACAGCGGGAGCAGCGGGAGCAGCGCAAGGCGGCCAAGGAGGAGGAGACGCAGCGGCUCAAGCAGCUCCAGGAGGAGAAGGAGCGCAAGCUGCAGGAGCUGGAGCUGCUCAAGGAGGCGCAGCGGCAGGCAGAGCUGCUCUUGCAGGAGGAGGAGGAGCGGCGCAGGCAGCAGCACGAGCACAUGCAGAGGACGCUGGAGCUCCAGCUGCGGGAGGCCGAGCAGGCCCGCGCCUCCAUGCAGGCGGAGAUGGUGCUGAAGGAGGCCGAGGCGGAGCGGCAGCGCAAGCGCAUCGUGGAGCUGGAGGAGAUGCAGGGCCGGCUGCAGGAGGCCCUGCAGCAGGAGGUGAAAGCGCGGCAGGACGAGGAGGCCGUGAGAUACGCGCAGGCCAGGCUGCUGGCUGAGGAAGAGGAGAAGCUGAAACAGCUGAUGAAGCUGAAGGAGGAGCAGGAGGAAUACAUCAUCAAAACGCAAAUGGAGAAGCAAGUCCUCAAGCAGGAGAUGGAGAACAAAAACAAGUGUCUGGAGGAGGCGCAGAAGCAGCUGGAAGAAGUGCGAGUGAACAGGCAGCGGGUGGACCAGGAUGUCAUGGCAGCGCAGCGGAAGCUGCGACAAGCGAGCACCAACGUCAAGCACUGGAACGUGCAGAUGAACCGACUGAUGCACCCCAUCGAGCCGGGAGACAAGCGUGUGAACGUGAGCGGAGGGGCCUUUGCCGGCUACCAGCCCCUGCUUGCCUGGAGAGAUUCCUCCCUGAGGCUCAAGCAGAAAGCGGAGGAGAAGGGCAGCGGUGGCGGCACACGGGACGAGGGUCGGCAGAGCGGGAGCCAGGGCAGCAGCGCGGCGCCGUCACCCGCAGCCGCGGCGCCCGCCGAGCGCACCCACUAG